AUGUCAAUGAAAAUUACUCAUAUCAUAACAAUCCUCAAAAAUUGUUGUCGAGAAGAAAGUGGACAAACUGCGCUCGUUUCGAUUUCGGUCAAUGUAUCCGGAAGAUCACCGGCCGCUGCGCUGCGGGCAAACACCGGCUGCAUUCCCUUGAUAGAGUUCGCAAAGAAAGUUCAAUCCAAACAAAACGAACCCGCUGACUCGUCUUUAGAUAGACGAGGGUCGUGGACCAACGCAUCGGUGCUCUAUUUCGUUCCAUGCCCUGCAAUCCUUGCAUGCGGGCGCACAAACAGAAGUAGCAAGAUGCUUGAUGUGUGGUACACCGCGCAGUUGAAGGCGCUCCUUGCAGUUAGCAAGUUGCAGACUAGCCUCAUAGAUGAAACACCCGCCCUUAUUCAUACACUUCUGACUUAUUGAACUUCAUGGUGUUUAUGCGGUAUGAUACGAAGGAGCUUACUAUUUCCAGUUAGACAACCCUCUUAACUGCCAA